CUCGACCACCAGCGAGCACUACGAGCCAUUGCACAGCACACGUCGCAGGCUCAAACACAACCAUGCAGCCCACACUCCGCAGGAUGGGUCCGCCCAAGUACGCUGAGAUGCCGAACCACCCCAUCAAGGUCCACCCCGUCCGUCCGCUAUACAGAUUCAUGGCUACCGGCCUCGGCGCCUCUAUGUGGUUUUUCUUGAUGUACCGCGCAAAGAAGGAUGGCCCGGCCCUGCUUGGCUGGAAGCACCCCUGGGACCACUGAACGAAGAUUCGAAGCGGAGAAUUGGAAGGAGGGAGAACGAUGGUGUAGGAGCUCGAAAGCUUGGGCAAGGAGCAUUGUACAUAUGCGAGUAGAGGACUACCAAUGUGGAGGAUGACGCACAAUAUCCCAGCAAGUGAAUGCAAUGUAAAAUUUCAAAA